UGAUUGGGGUGGGGAGGGAAAGACUGUGGCUGUCCCCGUUCCCCCUCUGUGCUGAGUAGUAGCGGCCAACAUGUAUCCAGUGCCUGUGGCUGGGAGCUGCGAGUUUCUUGUCACCAGCGGAUCGACAAUGGCGGCGGUUGAAGUGGCUCGGCAGAUGUCCGAAGGUGCCCGCAACCUUUCGCUGUCUGGGCACGUUGGCUUUGACAGUAUGCCAGACCAGUUAGUCAACAAGUCAGUGUGCCAGGGCUUCUGCUUCAACAUCCUGUGUGUGGGUGAAACUGGUCUUGGAAAGUCCACCUUAAUGGACACCCUGUUCAACACCAGGUUCGAAGGUGAUCCAGCAGCUCACAAUCAGCCAGGAGUCCACAUAAAGUCCAACAACUAUGAACUACAGGAAAGUAAUGUCCGCCUGAAGCUGUCCAUCGUAAACAGUGUGGGAUUUGGGGACCAGAUUAACAAGGAAGAAAGCUACAAGUCUAUCGUUGAGUUUAUCGAUGCUCAGUUUGAAGCCUACCUGCAGGAAGAGCUGAAGAUAAAACGCACGCUGCACAGCUACCAUGACAGUCGGAUCCACGCCUGCUUGUACUUCAUCGCCCCCACCGGCCAUUCUUUAAAGUCCCUCGAUUUGGUGACUAUGAAAAAAUUGGACAGCAAGGUCAAUAUCAUCCCAAUCAUUGCCAAAGCAGAUUCCAUCUCCAAGAAUGAGCUCCAGAAAUUCAAGAUCAAGAUAAUGAGUGAAUUGGUGAGCAAUGGAGUGCAGAUUUACCAGUUCCCAACAGAUGAUGAGACUGUGGCAGAGAUCAAUGGAACAAUGAAUGCACACUUGCCGUUUGCUGUAGUUGGGAGCACAGAGGAAAUAAAGAUUGGGAACAAGAUGAUGAAGGCACGCCAGUACCCCUGGGGCACUGUGCAGGUGGAAAAUGAAAACCACUGUGACUUUGUGAAGCUAAGAGAGAUGCUAAUCCGAGUCAAUAUGGAAGACCUUCGGGAACAGACACAUGCCCGGCACUAUGAACUAUACCGGCGCUGCAAGCUGGAGGAGAUGGGAUUCAAGGACACAGAUCCUGAUAACAAACCUUUCAGCUUGCAGGAAACAUAUGAGGCAAAGAGGAAUGAGUUUCUCGGAGAGCUCCAGAAAAAAGAGGAGGAGAUGAGACAGAUGUUUGUCAUGAGAGUGAAGGAGAAGGAGUCUGAACUGAAGGAAGCGGAGAAGGAGCUACAUGAUAAAUUUGAUCGUUUAAAGAAACUUCAUCAGGAUGAAAAGAAGAAAUUAGAAGAUAAGAAAAAGAGCCUGGAUGAUGAGAUUAAUGCUUUUAAACAAAGAAAGACUGCUGCCGAAUUGCUUCAGUCACAGGCCCAGCAGUCAGGGAGCCAACAGACUCUGAAAAGAGAGAAGGAGCGGAAAAACUUCUUUUAAUGUGUCUGCACGGGCUGCUCUCUGGAGGAGGAGACUGCGACUUGUAGAAGAGUUAGGGACUCUUGUGCUGUGGCCGAGAUCUAUUCUUUAACUGUGAAAACUAACACUGUACUCUUAAAAGGGCAACGUUCAGCUUGUGUGGGAUUUUUAAAAGCCCUUCACAGGCCCAUUUUGUGUCUGCAAAGUGUCUUAUCAAUGGGACUGAUGGCUGUGUAAAAAAAAAAAACAUUAUGUUUUUGAAUUUUGCUUGUUUACAGAUUAAGACUGCAAUUUUUACCCCUUAUUUUAAAUAUUUUGAAUAAUCUUGUUUUAAAUGUUCACCAUUCCCAGUAUGCUGCACACAUGUACCAUUUACCACUCAAUAAUAUAGCUGUUCAGAUUAAUUUGAUAGACUUGUACUGUUUAGCUGAAUUUUUUUUUGUAAAUUGAUGCCGAUGAGGGGUAUUUUGUUGUGCUGUCUUUAAUUUAACAGUCCAGUUCUAGUUUUGAAAAUUGUUGCCCAGACAUUUUGCAUUCACUCAUGGGAGGGGAGGGUGCAAACCCAUGUUCAGCUAAUUGGACUCGUCAAAAUUUUCUAGCUGCUAUCUUGCGCAUGGAUCAAAGUGAUGAGGAAAAUAUAACUAAAUAGGCGCAUUCUGAAAUUUUGUAUUGAACACAAAUGUAAAAAAAAAAGAGAGGUGGGGCUAAAGGUUCUGUAAAUAGGUGUGCUGUGUGGUGCUGAGCCAUACUGUGCCAAAUGGCCCCAUGUUCAAUCCCUGGACUGGUGAGUUGGUUGAAGCUUUGGCGGGGCAUUACAAUUGGGCUCCCUCCCCUUUGAUUUGGGAGGAAAGAUCACUGCGUGUAGUUCAGUGACUUCUAAUGGAAGGCUUGUAUGAGCAUGAUGUGGACUGCAUCAGACCCGCCUGUUUUGCUGAGUUUCUGCCGAGAUUGUCGAGCGAAGUGGCUCAUGGAGUUUGACUGUUUUGAUUGAGAUGUAUUAGAAGUGAAUCCAACCAGGAGUCAUCACUUUCAAGAGAGGGAACCGGAGAGAAAUAGGACAAGUUAACGAGAAAGAUUGUCUUCUGCUUCUAUUCUGUCCUACUGGUUCUCUGUCCAGAGUUCUGAAGGUCAAAUGCACCCAAGUCACUGGGUGAUUUAUUUUUUCAGUAAAGAAUAGUAUGAACGUGCAACUUGUUCUGUACCAUACCUUAACUAAUUUCAGCAAUUAUCAAAAAUGAAGACAAUUUUGGCUCUGUCCUGUGGGGCCCUCUGCUUGCAGAAGGAUUUGGAUAGAUCGUUGGAAAGGAAAACUUCCCUGCUCUUUUCCCAUAGCCCUGGAGAGUGGCACUAAUUGGAUAGAUUCUUGCAAAGAACUGACAUCGGCAUGAUGGGCCGAUGAGCUACCUCCUGUGCUUCAUCCUAUGCAAAGAAUACAUUGUGCUGCGCUGCAAUGUGGUCAUCACAGUGGUAAAAUUCAAUGAGGCAGAUGGGGAAAUCAAUGACAGAUAGAUUCUUGAAAUAUCGGGGAGCUGAGGGCUAUGAGGAGCUGGCACAAAAGAGGAGUUGAGGCCUGGGGCAGACCAGCCAUGAUCUUAUUGAAUGGUGGGACAGGCUUGAGGGGCUGAAUGGCCUACUGCUGCUCCUAUUUCUUAUGUUUAAAAAAAAUAAUAAAUCCGGUUUGACUUAACGAAUUCCAAAGCAAUCCAAUUUCCCCUUUAUUUCGUUGGUGAAUGGUUGGUUGAUUAGUACCGAGCCUUGGGCUGCAAUGGUGUUUUUGGUGAUGAAUUCUCAUGGCAGUGAGGUUCUUUUAAGAUGGACUUGAAACAAGUUAAUUUGUCCAGGGGUGCGGAAGUGAAAGAAAAAUGCAAUCGAGUGCAUGGGAAAGGAUGAAAAUAGAGGCUCUUUUAGUUUCUUUUGAAAUUCUCCAUGUUUACGGGAGUACACUGAUUUGACUGUGUGCACAUGUGUACAUGCAGCUAUGGUAACGUCACCCCCAGCAAACACUGAGCAGUUGAUGAAGUUCAGGGUCCUUGGAUUUUUUUUUUUAAAACAUGGGUUAUAUUUUAUCUGUGACAUCCCAUAAAAUACUUGUUAAAAUGAAUAAGGGAACAAGGAAUAUGAAUAUUUCACUAGAACUUUUUUAAAAAUAUUUAAUUUUGGCACAACAAAGUAUGUUAAAUAUAUUGUGGCACUUUUUCAAUAAACUUGCUAGAUAUUGUUGCUAUGUGCGCUUUUUGUGGCUGUACUGUGAUUUAAAGUUAGUAGUUGAAGGUGGAAAUGCUGCAGAAGUUGGACAUUGCCUUGUUAACAUUCCUGAUAUUACUGUCUUUUAAAUCCUUUUGUCUUUCUUGCGCCUCCUUGUGGAAAUGAUGCACUUGUCUGAACUCCAUUUGCUUUGAGCUGCUAUUUAUUAUUUAUUUCUUGACUUCUUGCCUCACUUCAGUGAGGAGCUGCAUGGGCAAUGUACACUCUAUGGCACGAUAUUGUUUAUAGGUCUUUCCUCGUUGGCCCUUUAUAAGAUGUUUUUUUUUUGACUUUGCUACCAUUGCUGUAACUUUACAAUAAAAGUUUGGGGAGAAAA